GAUGAGGAAAUGAAGUGGAGCAACCGAGUGACUUCACCUCUUUAUUGCCUUGCAAAUAACCCUAUGUUGAGCACACCAAGCCCUUUGCCCGGACAUAUCAGUUCAGCGCUGGCCUGCUUCCACUGCUCCAACAGCUGAUGGCGAACAUGGAACCUGAGCCGCCGACCACCAGCUCGACCGCCAAGCUUGACCAAGUGCAAGGUCAGGUGAACGAGGUUAAAGUUAUCCUGAAAGACAACAUCAACAAAGUGCUAGAGAGAGGAGACCGAUUAGAUGAUCUUAUCGGCAAAACGGACGACCUGCAGGCAUCCGCGGACUCAUUCCAAAGGACGUCCACAAGGGUUUCCAGGAAAUACUGGUGGAGAAACAUCAAAAUGAUGGUUAUAAUCGGGGUAAUCGUGGUGAUCAUCCUCAUCCUCAUCAUCCUCGCUGCCACAAACGUGAUAUAAAUCCCAUCUGCACCGGCUCAGGACUGAAAGCGAUGAAAGAGACUCCGAACCACAGACAAUUAAUUGCGUUCAAGUGAUCAUUUCAGCUCAGAGAAGAGAGGUUUUGUAUUUCUCGAUCGAAAUGUGCGUAUAAUUUCAAAGGGGAAACGAUUAUGUGAUCGGGUCACUCUGCGGCGUCAUAAUGUGGAGAUAAAGUUCAGAGCAGCAGAGAUUAAAUUGCUAUGAAGCUGGCUGACACACUUCUUUAACACUCCGAUCCACAUGUGACGCAGCAGCACCGCUCUGUUAAUGGAACACAAAUCCAAAUGAGUGUUUAUUUUUAUUUGUUUCAUUUUUUUAAUGUCGAAUACACUGUAUAUAUAUAUAGAUGCUGUAUGUUUGUGGCCAUCAAACUCUGUAAUAACAUAAUGUAUAUUAUGACUGAUGACUAAGAUAAAGAGGAUCAAUGGUGACAA